AGCUCGCAUGCAGCAACGAAGACCCGACACAGUGAAAAAUAAAUAAGAUAAAUAAAAUUUAAAAAAUAAAAAUAAAAUAAACUGUAAAAAAAAAAAAGUGAAUGUGAGGGAAAAAAGUGAAUGUGUGUGGAGAUGAUUCAGGACUCAUCCCCUUCUGACCCCUACGAGUUCCUCUUCCUCAGCAGCAGCAGGACAGGAGAGGAGGGAGAGCGGCAGGUGAGACAAUCAGCCUGACAGGAAGGGGAAGAGAAGGUGCGCGGGACUGGGUGGUGGGCGGCUCAGGGCGGCUCUGAUGCCUCUGUCCCCAGACCCUCGAGGUGGGGGGAAGGGCAUCAAAUCAAGACACUGCUGAGACCCAGCAGAGACACUUAGAGAUUCCUCAGCCCCUGCCCCUGCCCCUGCCGUCCACCAUCUGCCCAGUCACCAGCUCGCAUCCCCUCCGGCCCCAGCGUGACCCUGAGCUCAGGGAAGGAGAAACUUCCUCUAACAUCACCCUCGAUCAAAUACCAUUGGAAGGAUAAGCUGCUGCUUCCCCUGCCCACAGUGCUGCCCAGAGCACCCAGACUCACAACCUUCCCGGGUCUGGUUUGGGAUCAUCGACACUGUUACCGUGGAUGACCCUAUGCAGCCACCGUCAAACUUUUCUAUAUUCACUUUCUUACCAAAGCCUUGGGAUGUUUCCCAACUGUAAAACGGGGAUAAAACCAUACACACCUUAUCGAGUUGUCGUGCGGAUUAAAUAGGUAAACACAGACGAAGUGCCUAGAACAACGCCAAGCACAUAGUAACUUCAUGUCAGCCAGGCGGCAUCCUUCCCAUUUUACAGAAGCCCAGACUAAGUACAUGGGCCAGAGUCAGGGCUGGAACCCAGAUCAGAACUGAGCAGGGCUCUUGGGAAAGAAAUGCACCUUAUGCCCCCUGAGGACAGCGGCGGGGGUGGCAUGGUGGAACCCCAGCUUGCCUCUGUGACUUUGGACAAGCCCUUUACCUCUCUGAGUCUCAUUCGCCUCACUAUAAAAUGGGACAUUACUAACCACCUCAGGGGAUUUGAGGACAUGAAAUGAGAUGAAGUACCUCCCUCGAGCGCCUGUGAAUUCCCUGCACAGAGCAGGGGCUCAGGGAGUGUAAGAUCCCUGCCGCUGCCUACCCAGGACUGCCAGCCCAGCCAGCGUCUUUAUCCAGACUAAAAGAAGUCCCCCUCUGGUGGCUGCAGCCUUGCAGGCCAUGUCUUGAGGAGCAGCGCAUAGGCUGUAAUUCACCUCUGACAUGCCCCUUAGAUGGCGAACUUGAGCAGUGUACACCCCAGGCAGCUGUAUGUAGUAGCUCCGAGCCCACCCCCUUUCCCACCACAUAGUCGCUUGCUGUUCAUUUCUGUGAUCGGUCGUUCAACCGUAUGAAUGCUAAGAAACAACGCCUCUCUAUUUUCUAUCCCCCCAUGUGAUGAUGACCCCUUCGUCUCUGAGGGCACCUUACCUGCCUCCCGGGAAGCUAGAAGGAAGAGGAAGCAGCACUGGAGGCGAAAGAUGGAAUGGAUGCAGUGGGCCGGCUGAGCCAUGUUGGAGAUGGAUGGCUGCUUGAGGCCAUGGGCUGGGGUCCCCUCAGCUUAUAUGGGCCCAGGUUUGACGUCAUUGGGGCUGGGGCCCGUCAGGCCUAAAUCUUAAACAAAUGGAACUGCCCCACCCCACAGGGGUGCCCUGAUAACGGGAGACCGCAGCUGCUUCGUCAUGAAGUGAGCUGUCCAGUUUUCCCAGCACCACUUAUUGAAGAGGCUGUCUUUUCUCCACUGUAUAUUCUUGCCUCCUUUAUCAAAGGUAAGGUGCCUGGUCCUGCUUUUGACUUUUCUCCCUGACUCUGCCUAGGGUCCUCUCUGCCUCCAUCCCUCUGUACAGGGGCCCAUUGGUUUUGGGGGGAAGAGGGAGAAGAUGAAAAGGGAGGCAGCUAAGAAGACAAAGGGCAUGUGCCUUUGUGCAUUCUAGAGGGUUUACGUGACAAGUUUAUCAGUCUGUUGAGCUUACCCCUAUGUCUGGCAGAAUGACGGAUGGGUUCUAAUCUCUCUGCUACUGACUGUGUGACCUUAGUAAGUCAUUUACCCUCUUUGAGCCUUUGUUUCCCAGUUUUUAAAGAAAGAGGGUAAAGUAGAUGGGCUCCAAAUUCCCUCUACAAAUCUGUCCUUGUGUUUGCCAUUCUGAGUGCCUUAUGAAAGGGUGUUGGCUGGGAGGAUGAGGGAGUCCCUUUUGCCGUGAGUGCACAAGGCAGGGGGUGGGGCAGAUAUCUGAUGAAAUUCGUGUCCCUGCCUGAGUAGCUAGGGUAUUUUAGAACAACUAAAACAAAAUAUUCAAAGACGAAAGUUCCCCCUUACCCAGAUUUCUCACCUAGAAGGCCACUGUGGCUGCGGUAACAGAACACCUGGGUUUGGGAAGAACUUGUCCUAAUCCACCCCUCCAUUUUGGGCCCACAUUCCUGAGCCCUUCGGUGACAUGGAUGAUAGAAAUUAAUUGCAGUUAAUAAUUAAUCCCUAAAGAGCAAUGAGAGGCCCAGGCUUGGGUGGGGCCCAGACACCUGCACAGAGGGACACCCUCAGCUUCCCUCUCUGUGUGACCAGGGACCCACCCCCUCAAGCCUCGAGACAUGGGGGAGAAGUGGGGCACAGGAUCGAGGAAAGGGGACCACCCUCUAUUUCCCCAGCAGCCCAGUGAAUGGCCCUCUCCUGGGUCCUUAGAGCCAAACUGAGAGAACUGGCAAGUCCAGUUACCCAGCUUCCCCCUCCCAUCUCCCCACACACACCUGUGCUAAGGAUUGAGUGGGGAGUAGGAAGGCAGGCCAGUUAAGGAGAGACCAGCAGGCCUUCAGACAUCUCUUCUGUCCAUCUGAGAAGCAAGAAGCGAUAGAGCCGCGAUGGGGGCUGGGCUGUCCCUCUUCAUCCUCCUGACCCUCCUCGCCAGCUCACAGGGAACAGGGUCAGAAAUGACUUUGCAACUGAAGAUGAAGGACUCCUUUCUGGCAAAUUCCUCCUAUGAUUCCAGCUUCCUGGGACUGCUCGAGAAGCUCUGCUCCCUCCUCCACCUCCCAUCAGGGACCAAUGUCACCCUGCAUCAUGCAGGAUCCCCACACCACGUCACCUGCAAAGUCUGAGAGCGGUCGAAGCCUGUGCCCUUGUUGGCUGGGGCAUCCCGUCCCCGGGGUGCAGGUGCAAUGCCUGACCCCAUCUUCCAACAGGCCCGCACCCUGCUGAGUGGCAGUAAAUAUGCUGAGCUCAG